GGUCAUUCGGGUAACUCCGCGAGACAACUAGUGGAAAGGAGGAGGGAAACUAAAAACCAAAACCCCCUUUUCUUACCAUCAACUGAGAGUGAGAGCAAAACCAAGACGAUUUCUUUCCAAAAAAUUCCCGAAUUUCGAAUCACAUCAAGCUCCAAAAUUUCUAUGCGACAAUUUUCGGGUUUGCUCAAGGUUUUUUAGGUUGUGAUUAGUUAUGGGGGAAGGAGAGACAGUGACUGUUGAGGUGCCUGGGAAUGGAAUUGGUCAGGCUGAGAAGGCGGACGAAGGUGUGAUUGAAAAGAAAGAGAUAGUUGGUGAAGAUACGGUGGUGGUUAAAUAUGAGGAGGAGGAGAAAGAAGAGGAGGGUGUGACUGCGGGUGAUGACAAGGCGACUGCAGUUUCUGAAGCUGUUGAGGAGUCUGGAAAUGGAAGUGGGCAGACUGAGGAUACGAAGAAAGACGAAGGGGAGAUGAAGGAUUUGGAAGAUGACGGUAAGGUUGAGAAUGAGGAGAAAGAGUGUGUUAAAGAUGUAGAAGAAGAUGAUAAGAAAGAAGAGAAUAGAGAAGAAGAAGUAGAGGUAGAGAAGCAAGUUGUGGAGGCGGCUGAUGGGGGGAGUGAUGCAAAGGAGGAGGAAAAGGGGAAAGAAGACGAGGAAAAACAAGAUGUCAAGGCUGAGGAAAAAACUGAUGUGACAGGAGAUGAAAGUAAACAAGAAGGACAGGAUAAAACAGCCGACGUUUUGAAAGUCGUCGAAGAAACUGAUAAGGAGGAGGAAAAGGUUAAAGAAGCAGACCAGAUACAACCUGUGAAAGACGAAAAAAUUGAUAAAACGCCACAGAGUAGUAAAGAAGAGGAAGAGGAAGAAAAUGCUGAAGCAUCAAAGCUUGAUGAAAAAAGAGAUGAUGAGGAGGAAAAGAACAAAGACGAUGAACAGAUACAAGCUCUAAAAGAUGGAGACACUGAUAAAAAAGUAGAUGACAGUAAAGAUGAAAAGCAGGAAAAAACAUCUGAGAUACCGAAGGUCGACGAAGAAAAUGACAAGGAAGAAAAAAGGGAGCAAGUAGAACAAGAACAAGCCGUGAAACCUGAUGAACGAAAUGAUGAAACAGAAGAUAACAGUAAAGAAGAAAAACAUGACCAAACAUCUGAAGUUAUAAAGGCUGAUGCAGAAGCACAGAUAAUGGAAGAAAAAGGCAAAGAAGUGGAACAGGUUGAAGCAGCUAAAACAACAAAGUCCGACGGAGAAAAUGAUGCCGUGGAAGAAAAAAGUGAAAAGGAAGAACAGGGAGAAGCAACUCAAGUUGUGGCUCCUGUCAAAGAAAAUGCCACAUUAGAAGAGAAGGAAAGUGAGAAGGCUGGCAAAAAGGCUGAGGUAAGCAAUAACGAGGAAGAAAAUCCAAAAGUAGCUGAGGAGGUGAAACAACCAAAGAAGCGUGUACGAGAAAAGCGAAGUGGAGGGAAAGCCGAAGCGGAGAAACUAGAGGUGGGUGAGAAAAAGACCAAGGAACCAGUGACACCGGUCGCCUUUUCUACUGACCGUCCUGUACGUGAGCGGAAGUCUGUUGAGAGGCUCGUUGCCACUGUUGAACCCGAGCCAAUUAGGAAAUUUCGGGUUGAAAAGGGCCGUGGGACAGCACUAAAAGAUAUACCGAACGUGGCCAACCAGCUGAACAAACCAAAGGCUGAUGAGACAUUCAAAGCGCUUCAUUUAGUGCUCUUCGGGAGGCAUAUGAAGGCUUUCAAGAGUAACCUUUCCGAGUUCUCUGGCUUUCCAUGGCAUGAAAAUGAGGAAAAGCACAGAAGCAAGAUCAAAGAGAAGCUUGAUAAAUGUGUUGUGGAGAAACUUUUGGAGUUUUGUGACGUGCUUGACAUACAAGCCCCAAAAAGAACAAGAACCAGAAAGGAUGAAUUAGUGACAGAACUACUGAACUUUUUAGCAGCUCCGUGUGCAGCAACUGAUGUUGUACCAGAAGAAGAAGAGCAGUUAAGUUCAGCUAUAAAGCGUAAAAGGGGUUCCGACUCAUUAAUACCAGUAUCUGGGAGCACAACCGCAAAGCGGUCAGCAAGAAAAAGAAGAAAGACCGUUGAUACUGUUAAAGAUGAGGAGAAGAAGAGUUCACAUGAAAAAGAAGAAGAUUCUGAAGAAGACAGAGAAAAUGAGAAUGGGGUUCCUGAUGCAUCUGACUACGAGGUCGCUGAGCAUUCUCAAAGCAAGGAUGAGGACAAUGACUUGAAAGAAGAGGUGGAAGAGCCUACACAAGGUUCAGUCAAAUCAUCUGAGAAGAAAGAAGCUACUAGAAAAUCUGCAUCAAAGAAAACCCCAACAACACUUAAGGGAACUGAGCAUUCUAAAAGCAAGGAUGCGGACAAUGAUUCAGAAGAAGAAGCGGAAAAGCCUAAGCAAGGUUCAGUGAAAUCAUCGGCGAAGAAAGAAGCUUCUCGAAAAUCUGAAUCGAAGAAAACCUCGACAACCAAGGUUGUCGGGCAUUCUCAAAGCAAGCACGAGGAUGAUGAUUCAGAAGAAGAAGCGGAAGAGCCUAAGCAAGCUUCUGUAAAGUCAUCAGGGAAGAAAGAAGCUUCUCGAAAAUCUGAAUCGAAGAAAACCCCGCCAACUAAGGUUGCUCAGCCUUCUCAAAGCAAGCACCAGGACAACGAUUCUGAAGAAGAAGCGGAAGAGCCUAAGCAAGCUUCAGUGAAGUCAUCAGGGAAGAAAGAAGCUUCUCGAAAAUCUGAAUCAAAGAAAACCCCGGCACCUAAAAAUGUAACUACCGUCAGUUCACCUAAGAAGCACUCUAGCCAAUCAACAUCCAAGCACUCUAAGGUUGAAAGCAGUCGCACGCGAACUCCAGUGGCCUCCUCGAGGAAGGAAAAGGAUGUGGAAACAGCUAAAAGGAAGCGUUCAACUCCUUCGAGAUCUGCCACCAAUGUGACGACAAGCAAAGAGAAAGCUGGUAAAAAGUUGGUGAAAGGGAAAGAAGAACAGGAUAAGGGUUUAAAUCCCUCUGAAGAUGAAUUACGCUGCACUAUAGUUCAAAUUCUGGAUGAAGUUGAUUUUAACACGGCAACAUUCACGGACAUUGUCAAGAAACUUGCCAUGCAUUACGAUAUGGAUUUUACAUCUAGGAAGGAUGUACUAAAACGUAUAACCAAGGAAGAGUUGUCUAAACUAGCUGACGAGGAGGAAGAAGAAACUGAAGACGAAGAUGACGACGUAUCCGACAAGGAAGAUGCUCCUAAACCUGCUGCGAAAAGGAUGAAAACUUGAUCAGCUGGAUCAAUUCUAACUCCAGCAGAAGAAGGGAUGUAUUUAUUCUGUUUCUUAUCUGUGUUAUAUUAGUUAAGUGAUCACACACACUGUACCCAGUCUGGCUUAGGGAAAUUCAGAACAGUAUGGGUUUUGUUUUUUUGGUUUCACCUUGCAGAAUGGAAACAUGUUACUAGUAUUAGUGAAAGCUAGGAAUUAGUGAAAAAUGUUGAGACUGCUCAAUCUGCAUAAAGGGCAGUCGAUAUGAUGUUAUAUAGAUCUGUAACUAUUUCUUUUUGUAUCUAACUGACCCUAUUUUUUGCUAUCUUUUAGAACUGCAAAAUGUUUAGAUUCGUGUGC